UAAAUUUAAAAUACCCUCUAAACUAAAAAAAAAAAGAAAGAUCUAAUCAUUAUGCAUUCACAUUGUUAUAUUACAUAGAAGAUCAUUCUAUUUCAAUGGAGUUAGGAUCAAGAUCCCCACAAACAACUAUUCUGCACAGAUUAGAUCUAAAUUAAGAAUUAAUAAUGAAAAAUAAGUAUUUAAGUCGGUUAAUGAAAAUAUUUCAUUUGAUCCCUAAAACUAAAACUGAUCUAGAUCAAAAUGAAUCAAGAUCAAAUGAUCUCCAUAUAAUAUCUUCUAUUUAUCCAUUGAAUAAAGAAGGAUCUAUUGAAGAUGAUCGUGAUGAAAAUGAUCGUGAUGAUGAUCUUUUCAUUCCUAAAACUAAAAAUGAUCUAGAUCAAAAUGAAUCAUUUUCAAAUGAUCUUUAUCGAAUAUCUUCUAUUCAUUCAUUGAAUAUAGAAGGAUCUAUUGAAGAUCAUGAUGAUCGUGAUGAUGAUCAUUUCAUUUCUAAAACUAAAUCUGAUCUAGAUCCAAAUGAAUCUAGAUCAAAUGAUCUCCAUAUAAUAUCUUCUAUUUAUCCAUUCAAUAAAGAAGAAUCUGUUGAAGAUCAUGAUGAUGAGGAUGAUGAUCCUGAUAAUGACGAAUUCUCAUCAACUUUAACUAUUCCAAUUCAAUUCAUGCAACAUAAUUCAUUGAAUUCAUCUAAGAAUAAUAAUAAACCUGAUCUUAUUCAAUAUGUAUUAGGUGAUCAUCAAACUACAUUGAAUCAUUUAACAACUAAGAAGAAACCAGAAAUCAAAUUACGUAAUCAUGAUAUUACACAAUUAUCUAAUCAAAAUAUAAAAAUCCAUAAUCAUUAUGAUGCUCAUGAUGAUGACAAGAAGAAGAAGAAGAAGACGAAACUAAAUGAAGUUCCUAUAGGAAACUUAAAAAAUUCUACUACUUAUCAACAAUAUACUACUGAUAUAAAUAAAAAAUCAAUAAAGGAAUCAUCCAACAAAAACAAAUUAAAACAAAAAAUGAAUUUAAAAAAUAAUAAAAACAAAAAAUCUAACAGUUGCCAUAGCAACAAGGAUCAAGAUCAUUUAAAUCAAAAAAUUACAAAAAAAUUAGAAAUACCAAAAAAUGAUUUCAUUCAUGAAACAAAUAAGAUAUCCAUUAAUAUCAAUGAUCCUACUCAUAAUCAUAUCGAUCAUAUUCAAACAGAAAUCAAUACCAUUGAAAUAUUAGAUCCAAUCAAAUCGAUUGAUGAUCCAAUGAUGAAUGGAUCUAAAGAACCAAUCAAUAAUAAUAAAUCUGUUCCAUUGAAUAAUCACUUGGAAACAAAGAAUAUAGAAGAAACAACAGUUAAUGCAAUACAGAAUGAUAAUGAAGACAAAAAGCUGGAACCUAGAAUCAAUACUGAACAUGACAACCAUAUUGCUGCUGAUGAUGAUGAUCAUGGUAAUAAUAUCCAUUCAAUAUCAAAAGACAAUGUAACUAAGACUGAUCCAGAAAACAAAGUCAUACCAAUCACUAAUGUAAAUUAUAAAAAGGAGAUUCAUCCUAUACAAAAGGUAACUAAUAAUUACCUUGACAACAAUUAUACGAAUACACUAAGAAGUAUGAAUUAUAUGAAGAAGAAGAAGAAGAGCAGAAGAUGUACAAAGUGUAGAAAUCACAUGAUCAAAUCAUACCCGAUAUCAAGUUAUGAAUCGUCUAGUGAGAACCUUUCAACUCAAACUUAUUCAACAUACAAUGAUCAAGAUGAUCAUGAUGACGAUGAUGGUUACCAAUGUAAGUGUAUACAAUUACAUAAUCAAUUACAUAAUCAUUCAUCAAUUCAUCAUAGAUGUAUAAGAUCCUAUCCAUAUUCUAGAUGGAAUAAUACAUUAAACAGAUUCAAACAAUUGUAUCCAAAUCAAUUGAAGCAUCCAAGACAAUGUUGUCAUGGUAACUAUUAUAAACAGAACUAUUCAAAUAAAAAUCGACUUUUUGAUCUAAAACGAAUGAUUAGAUCAUUAGAAAAAGACCUUAAGUAUAGAUUACCAUCUAGAGAUAGAUUCAGUUUGAAUGUUAAACAUAGAAAUGGAUCUUGUAAAUGUACUACUGAUUCAUUUGUACCAUCAAAAGAGUAUGAUUAUUCUAUGAAUCAAGAUCAUUUCAGUAAUAUACCAUCUAAUACAAUACAACAAUCACAAUUGAAUACUAUUCCAUCUCCUAUGAAUAUACAAUCAUGGUAUCAUCCUUCAAUGAUACCAAUGAUAUCUCAACCAAGAUUAAUAAUAAGACAAAUACCAAUACCAGUAUACCCGUACAAUCCACAAUGUACAACAUCAAAUCAAUCCAUUCAUUCAUAUCCAUUAACUAUCAUGAAUCCAUAUGGUAAUACAACUAUACCACCAUCAAUACAUUAUGGUUUACCAUACUAUUAGUAUUGAUGAUAUUUAUAAUCAUCAUUAAUGAAAUAUAAUUUUCAUAGUUA